UUGCACGGCCAUGCCAUACAAUCGACCGCCACCCGAGCGGCAGUCACGGCAGCCCGACCGGUUCUACUCGACGGACCAGGCCAAUGCAUACCAUUCGGAAGCCAAUGGUAUCAUCCAGAAGGAAUUGACGGAAAUGGCGCGGUCGUUGUUGCCUCCUUGCCUCGACACGACUCCCAUGCUCGACCUUGGAUGCGGAUCAGGCUUGUCCACACAGCAUCUUCCACUGCAUUCUGUCGGUAUCGACGUCAGUUUAUCCAUGCUACAGCUUGCGCAAGCAUCUCAUGCGCGAACGCAAUCGUCGUACGUGUGCGGCGCCGCGUUCUCGUUGCCGUUUCGCGCGCAAUCGUUCGACCGCAUCGUGUCCAUCUCCAUGUUGCAGUGGCUAUCGCACAGCCAACUUACCCGGUGCUUGGAAGAAGUGGCUCGCAUUCUCACACCUCAUGGGUCGGCGAUAUUUCAAGUCUACCCGUUCGAUGCUGCUCAUGCCGACGAAAUGCUGAUGGCUGCCCGUGGUGCCACCAACACGACACCCGUCCUGGUGGCAGAUUUUCCGCACGCCAACCGUGCUGUCAAGUGGUUCCUUUGUAUGAAUGCAUCCACUUCGCUGCCGUGUGCAUUUGGUCGAGACAAGUGCCCAUUAGCUCGUCGGUUCGACGGGACGUGCGCCUAUCGGUAUCGUCAAAGGCAAGGGUUACAUUUUGGCCGGCUCGUUCACGAACACGUGCAAUACGCAUGGCAUGCGUACCGCAAAGUCGUGCGAGAGAUGCACCUGGCCGCUCAAUCGAACGCACUACUCGAUGCGGCAUUGCCAAUCAAGUCGCCAAGCCGCCAUCACAAAGAACGGCAAGUUUUCCCCAACGAAGAGCGGCUCGUCCGCAAGCUCGUUGAAGCUUUGGCCAAAGACGACAACGCGAUGAAGAAGUUGACGUUGGACGACUUGAGGAACAACGCAGAUAUUGUCGUCGACCUCAUGCACGCCACGUUUGUCCCGUUGGCGAGUUCGACGGCUGGCCACCAAUAGAUCAUAUCACACCGAGCACGAGUGCACGGUGGCGCCGUGGCUGGGCAUUUGUGUAGAUGAAGCGCUCUGAAUGCAAUGCCUAGCCGUCAUCUCCGCGCCGCAACGGAAGUGAUGUCGAACUGAAUGUGUCGCAGUCGACUUUCGUCGAUUGUCCUUGGGCGAGUUAAGCGAAUUUCGACACGCGGUGCUCCAUUCAAGAUACGACAUGCAGCAUAUCCUCAGGCGUUGUGACGCUUAUCGUCGGCCGCCGCCUCUUUCCAACGGCGCGCGCGACGUACUUU